AUGGAUUCGGACAAAGAGGUCACGCAGAGGCUGUUAGAUGGUCGGCAGUCAUCCUCUUAUACCGACCUUCCCUCGACCACAGCCAGCAAAGACGGAUCUCAUAUUGAAACGCUCGAAACGGAGGAUGGAUUCCCCUCGAAGAACCCAUUUUCAGAUCCCGAGGUAGCGGAGAGGUAUAGACUUAUUUACGAAAAGGCUCAGUACGAGUGUCGACAUGUUUUCGAGCCCACGUUCGCCUGGACGAGGGAGGAAGAGAGGGCGAUUGUACGGAAGAUUGACUGGCAUGUUUGUCUGUGGGCAUGUGUAAUGUUCUUCGGUCUUCAGGUUGAUAGGAGUAACCUGAUCCAGGCGGUUUCUGAUAAUAUGCUGGACGAUCUAGGGUUGUCUACAAAUGACUAUAAUACUGGAAACAUCAUAUUCUACAUCUCCUUCCUCAUGGCCGAGCUACCCUCACAGCUGGUCUCCAAAGCUCUCGGUCCUGACCGCUGGAUCCCCAUCCAAAUGUCCCUCUGGUCGCUCGUGGCCAUCUCUCAAUCUACUCUGCAAGGACGAUUCUCCUUCUUCCUGACCCGAUCGCUCCUCGGAAUGCUUGAAGGUGGAUUUAUCCCAGACAUAGUCCUAUGGCUAUCCUACUUCUAUACCAGCCGCGAACUCCCUACGCGCUUAAGCCUCUUCUGGACGACCCUCUCCGUAACGGAAAUUAUCGGUUCAUUCAUGGCCUUUGGCGUCUUACACAUGCGCGGUGUUCUCGGCUGGGGCGGCUGGCGAUGGCUAUUCCUCAUUGAAGGUCUUAUAACGCUGGUCGUUGGUGUAGCCUCCUUCUUCAAGAUGCCUGCGUCGGCUGUAGAAACCAAGACGUGGUUUCGUCCGAAAGGGUGGUUUUCAGAUCGCGAGGUUCGUAUUGUGGUGAAUCGGGUUCUGCGCGAUGAUCCGUCGAAAGGUGAUAUGCAUAAUCGGCAGGCUAUUACAAUAUCCAGGCUAUGGGACUCGUUGCGCGACUAUGAUCUGUGGCCGCUGUAUUUGCUUGGGCUGAUCGUGUACACUCCCAUGGUCCCGGUUCGGACAUACAUAACCCUAACUCUGAAAAGCGUGGGAUUUGACACUUUUGUGACAAACCUCCUCAUAAUCCCGUAUAACAUAACGCACAUACUCAUGCUUAACGGGCUCACCCACCUCAGUGAGCGGCUGAAUGAACGCGCUUUCGUCUCUAUGAUUCAAUCGCUCUGGGUUCUCCCCUGCCUUCUCAUACUACGAUUCUGGUCUAAUGCAAUGAUUGACGCCUGGGGAACAUAUGCUAUCAUGACGGUUCUCCUGUCAUACCCAUACUGCCACGCGAUUCUUGUCGGAUGGACAUCGAAGAAUUCGAAUAAUGUCGGCACGCGGACGGUGUCUGCGGCUGUCUAUAAUAUGAGUGUUCAAAUGGGAAAUAUAAUUGGGAACAAUGUUUUCCGCGCAGACGAUGCACCGCUGUAUAAACGAGGGUAUUCGGUGCUUUUGGGGCUAAACUUACUUGGGAUUGUGCUUUUUGUUGGGACCAAAGCAUACUACGUGAGGAAAAACCAAGAGAGGGACAGGAUCUGGAACGCUAUGCACGAUGAGCAACGCGAGGAUUAUAUCAAGAAUAGCCCUGAUACAGGGAGUAAGAGACUGGAUUUCCGGUUUGCUCAUUGA